CUGAAGUGGAUAAGAAUAUUCAGGGAGCACCCAAUCCAGGUCAUUGUAGGAAGUGGCAAGAGGUCCUACUUUGUGCACCCUGGAGCCUUGUCAUGGUGCAACACGUCAGCGUUGAAUGCUCGAGUUAGUGGCCCAUGGAAGGAGAAUGGGGCCGGCGGGCCCUUGGACUGGACUGAUUUUGAUGAACAAACAAUCGAAUGUGUUUUAAGCUACCUUUACACACAAGACUAUUGUGUACCUGACUCAGCGUCUGAUCAGCAUGGCAUAUAUUUGAAUACUGAUGAUACCAAAGUCAACACCAGCGUCGAGCCCAUAUCUGUCGUUGCAGAACCCCCGCCCUUUAAUACUGGAUCUGCAGAUACACCAACGCUCGAUAGGCCUCUAACUCCCUUGAGCCGGUGCCUCCGAGUUGGUUUACCAGCAGAGACUUCCCAGACUGCUGCGGGCGGUAUUACGAAAAGAAAACUCCAAAAGGCAGAAAAUAACCCUGCCGUCGAUAUCCUGCUCCAUGCGAAAGUGUAUUGUUUUGCACAUCGUUUUCUCAUCCCCGACCUUGAGGGCUUUGCGUUACAACGCCUAACACAAGUUCUCUUGAUCGUCGAUACGCAUAAAUACUCACUAUUUCCGUACCUAGCAGAUGCUAUCCGCCUCAUCUACGACUCAACACCUAGCGCACAGCUACAGGAUAAUCCAGCUCGAAAACUGUUAUCUCAAUAUGUUGCACUGAAGUAUACUGAGCUGGCAACUGAAAAGCUCACGAAGCUUUUAGAGGAAGGGGGAGAAUUUCCGACGGAUUUGUCGCACAAACUAGUCAGGCGAAUUACGGCGAGCGAAACUGGGGCCCAAUCUUUGGAGGAGCAGAUUGAUGGGCUUCAAAUUAAGGUCGAUGAGUUGGAGGCUAGCUGUCAGGAAAAAGAAAGUCAAUUGCAAAAAGCUAGAGACGAGCUUGUGGAGUGGGAGAGCUGGGAUCGUGGAAUUCCUGAAAAGUAUAAGAAAGUAAAAAGGAGGUUGGGACACAAUACACUACCCUGGGAUGUUUAG